UUUUUAUUUUUUUUAUUUUUUUAAAUUUUUAUAUCGUGUAUACAAAAUUUCUUUCAGAAGGAGUGUUUCGAUUUCAACAUAUCGUCGGUGAAACUGCAAUACCUCGUAAGUCCAAAAAAGUCGAAAAUAAGAUAUAUACAUCAAAAUAUUCGGAAAAAAAUACUCUAUACGAUUGUUGUGUAAAUAUCUCGUAUAUCAAAUUUCCAAAGAGGUUAUAAAUGUUCAAACAAUAUAUCGUAUGUCAUCUAUCAAAAUUAUUGAUACUAAUAUCUCGUAUCUCCGUGUCAUAAUACAUCGUAUAUCAGUUUUUAAAAUUUUUGAUACUAACAUAUCGUAUCUCAUAACAACAUGUUAUCAUAAUUAAAUUUGUUAAUUAAUUAUUAAGCUUAUAACUUUAUUAAACUACUUAGAAUUAGUAAUAUUAUUUUGUUUUAUUGUGCGUCAACAUGAAUGCGGACGAGAUCGACGAUCUGUUAGAUCAAUUUGAAGAUGAUGAAGACUUUAAUGAAAGUAUGGAGUAUAACCCCAACCAGAGCAUACAAUCAAUGGAAUUUCAGAAUGAAAUGGAAAUGAAUGACUUUAAUGAAGGUAUGGAGUUUAACCCUGACCAGAGCAUACAAUUACUGGAUGUGCAAAAUGAAAUGGAAACGAAUGGCCCUAAUGAAACCAUGGAGCUUAACCCUGACGAGAGCAUAGUACAAUUACUUGAGGUGCAAACUGAAAAGUAUACAAACGAAAGGAUACGAGCAAAAAAAAGUAUACCUGAAAACUGGAAAAGGAACUCUAACCAGUCAUUGCGUAUGAAAGGUAAAUGUUAUUUGGGUUAUAGACGAACAAGUAAUAAACACAUUUUUCAUGAUGUAAACAGAAAAGCUAAAAAUAUAGGUCCUACGUGUACCAAUAUCUCUUGUAAAAAAUCAUCUAAAAGAAUGUGUGAAAGAUUUUCUGAAGAAGAUAGAUUAAAUAUAUUUAAUCAUUUCUGGUCUACUUUAAAUUGGGAUCAAAAGAAAAUGUAUGUUAACAUGUUAGUCAAAAAAGUUCCUGUAAAACAAAGAAAAACUGAAGCAUCAGUUUCUCGAAGGACUUAUACACUUUUCUAUUUUUUAAAACUCAAUGGUGACCCAUUAAAUGUAUGUAAAAAUAUGUUUUUAAAUACUCUUAGUGUGGGGGAAGCUCAAGUACAUAAUUGGUGUUCAAUUAAUGAAAUAUCCACACAACAACUUCAAGGUACACAAUCAAGGCCUUUCAAAAAUAAUACUGGCCAAAAAGAAUUUAUUGAAUUAUUUUUCAAUAAACUACCAAAAAUGGAGUCCCAUUACUGUAGAAAGUCAACAUCAAAACUCUACUUAGAACCUUUAGUACAAUCAAAAUCACAGCUAUACAAAAUAUAUAUUGAUGAAUGUAAUGUAAAUGGAAAAACACCUGUAUCAAGAACAUAUUUCAGUGAGGCUUUUGAGGCAAAUAACCUGUCCUUGUUUUCACCCAAAAAAGAUCAAUGUGAUCUUUGCUGUGGUCAUGGAACAGGUAACAUUAGUGAUCAAGAUUGGAAUAAACACAUUGAGGACAAAAAUAGAAGUAGGAAAGAGAAGGAAAUUGACAAAGAAAAGGCACUUUCAGAAGAACUAAUUGUCUUCACCAUGGACUUACAAGCUGUAAAGGUAUGUCCAUUCUUAAAAGCUAGUGCUCUGUAUUACAAAUGUAAGCUCUGUGUACACAAUUUUACAAUGUACAAUCUUGGUACCCAUGAGUGUAUGUGUUAUUGGUGGGACGAAACUCAGUGUAACUUAACUGCUUCUGCCUUUACGAGUUGUAUUAUUGACCAAUUAUCUAUGUGUUACAACAAGAAUCAAAAUAAGAAUAUAAUAUUAUGGAGUGAUGGGUGCUGUUACCAGAACAAGAAUACAGUUUUGUCUAACGCGUUACUCGAGUUUUCUGUUACACAUAAAAUAAUCAUAGAACAAAAAUAUCUGACCAAAGGUCACACUCAAAUGGAGUGUGACUCUGUACACUCAUUAAUUGAAAGGAAAUUAAAAAAUACAGAUAUUCAUCUACCAUCUGACUACAUAAAAAUAACCAAAACUGCAAGAUCAAAACCAUUUCCAUAUGAAGUAAAAGAUUGUGAUAUCUCUUUUUUUUUAAAUUAUCAGAAGAAUGUUAAUAGAUAUGAUAAUAUAAGGCCAGGAAAAGCUGCUGGAGAUGCAACAGUUACCCAAAUUAAAGCUCUCCGUUACAACUGUAAUGGCACUAUAGAUUAUAAGCUGAACUUUGAUGAUGAAUAUAGUGAUCUCGCCAUUGCUCAAAAGAAGAGAAAGACAGUAGAAAUUCAUUCUCCUAUUAUUUAUGAACAAUUCCAUGAGUCUCAAUUAAAAGUUCCUAAAUCAAAAUGGCAAGAUCUACAGCAACUUAAGGCAGUGCUACCAAAGGAUUGUCAUCCGUUCUAUGACCAAAUAAAAUCUUUAUAAUUUAAUUAUCUUAAUAAAAUGUAAAUAUUAUUAAUAUUCAUUUUAUGUUAGUAGAUACAACUCUUUUAAUUUUAACUGCUCAUGCCAGAAUUGUAUGUUUUUGUUUUAUACUAUAAUGUUAAUGUUAUUCUUUUUUUACUGCAAUUACCAAUGAGUAGUUCAAGACUGAACUUCUAAUAAGAGGUACACAAUUUGUUUUAAUGUUAAUUUGUAAAUGAAAAUUAUGCUUUUUUUCUAAAAUUACCAGUGAAAAUGUUCAAGACUGAACCAGUAUACAUAAGUACAUAAAUUGUUUUUAUUUUAACUGUUCAUGCCAGAACUGUAAGUUUUUGUUUUUGUUUAUACUAUAAUGUUAAUGUUAUUCUUUUUUUACUGCAAUUACCAAUGAGUAGUUUAAGACUGAACUUCUAAUAAGAGGUACACAAUUUGUUUUAAUGUUAAUUUGUAAAUGAAAAUUAUGCUUUUUUUCUAAAAUUACCAGUGAAAAUGUUCAAGACUGAACCAGUAUACAUAAGUACAUAAAUUGUUUUUAUUUUAACUGUUCAUGCCAGAACUGUAAGUUUUUGUUUUUGUUUAUACUAUAAUGUUAAUGUUAUUCUUUUUUUACUGCAAUUACCAAUGAGUAGUUUAAGACUGAACUUCUAAUAAGAGGUACACAAUUUGUUUUAAUGUUAAUUUGUAAAUGAAAAUUAUGCUUUUUUUCUAAAAUUACCAGUGAAAAUGUUCAAGACUGAACCAGUAUACAUAAGUACAUAAAUUGUUUUUAUUUUAACUGUUCAUGCCAGAACUGUAAGUUUUUGUUUUUGUUUAUACUAUAAUGUUAAUGUUGUUGAUAUUUUAGUGCAAUUACCAAUGAGUAGUUCAAGACUGAACUUGUAAUAAGAGGUACACAAUUUGUUUUAAUGUUAAAUUUUAAAUGAAAAUUAUGCUUUUUUUCUAAAAUUACCAGUGAAAUGUUCAAGACUGAACCAGAAUACUUAAGUACAUAAAUUGUUUUAUUUUCAUUUGUUUUAAAUUUUAAUUUAUAAAGAUAACAAAGAUAUUUUAUAUUAUUCUCUAUUCAAUUUAUAGAACAAAUCUUAAAUUAUUAUGACAGAAUUUUUUGUCAUACUGUAGUAAAAACCCAUUACUUAAUACCUAGUAUGUCAAAUACAUUUAUGAAAACUAUGAAACAAUACCUCGUAAGUCA